GAAGUGCGUUUGAAAUCAAAAUAUUUUUAUUGUUACAUUCAAGAAAUUAACCGACAUCGAUCAUUGAAAUUGUAAUUUUGCAAAAAAUGUGAAAAUGAGUUAUUUACCUGGCACCGCAAGUUUAAUCGAAGAAAUAGAUAAGAAAUUACUAGUUGUACUAAGAGACGGCAGAACACUAAUUGGAUAUCUCAGGAGCAUUGACCAAUUUGCUAAUCUAGUUUUACACAGAACAAUAGAGAGGAUACAUGUUGGUAAGAAGUAUGGAGACAUACCAAGAGGUAUAUUUGUAGUCAGAGGAGAAAAUGUUGUCCUGCUUGGAGAAAUUGAUUUAGCAAAUGAAAAUACUCUACCAUUGGAAGAAGUUUCAAUUGAUGAAAUUUUAGAAAUGCAGAGGGAAGAACAAUUAAUUAAACAAGAAGAGGAAGAAAGAAAAAAGAAGGCAAUGUUAGAACGUGGACUACAGCCUCAUUCUGAACUACAUGAUGACAUGUUUUAAAAUUCUAAUUUGCCUACAUCCGGGUGAAUCAGCGAUCAGGAUUUAAUUGGUUCAUGCAAAAUACAGUCUUGUGAUAUUUGAAUUCACAAUGUGGAGUUUUAUACUUUAAAUAAUAAUGCUUUUAAAAAGUGCUAAAAUAAUGAUCUGCCAUACAAUAUUUUGUUCUAAAGAUAUGUUUUGUGAAAGGCAUUCACAAAUGUUAACAUAAAAACUACAUGAAUUUGAUAUGAUAAAUAAUUCUGUUGAAUAAAGAUAAUUCAACUUGCAAUUA